UCUAGGAUUUGCACGCUUAUUCCAUUUCCUCUUCUUUUCCUCUCGCUUGGAUCCUCCGUUCUUCGAUCCAUGAUGUCUCUCUGGCUGGUCUUUUUCUCCUGCUUGUCUCUGCUUUCCAGAAGUUCUACAGAGGAAGGUCUGGAAUUCCCGAGCUUUGAUGGCAAGGACCGAGUGCUAAACAUUAACGAGAGGAACUACAAGAAGGCACUGAAGAAGUAUGACAUGCUGUGCCUGCUUUACCAUGAACCGCUGCCCUCUGACAAGGAGCUCCAGCAGCAGUUCCACAUGAGGGAGAUGGUCCUGGAGCUGACUGCCCAAAUCUUGGAAGACCGAGACAUUGGGUUCGGAUUGGUGGAUUCUCAUAAGGAUGCCAAGGUGGCCAAGAAGCUUGGGUUGGAAGAAGAGGGCAGCAUUUAUGUCUUUAAGGAUGAACGUGUGAUUGAGUUUGAUGGCGAGCUCUCUGCAGAUACACUGGUUGAGUUCCUGCUUGAUCUUCUGGAGGAUGCAGUGGAGCUCAUCAGUACCCCUAUGGAGCUACGUGCUUUUGAGAGGAUGGACGAAGACAUCCGUCUCAUUGGCUUCUUUAAGGGCAAAGAUUCAGAACACUAUAAGGCUUUUCAGGGGGCCGCAGAACGAUUCCAGCCCUACGUGAAGUUUUUCGCCACGUUCGACAAAGGGGUGGCCAAGCAGCUGACUCUUAAGAUCAAUGAAGUUGAUUUCUACGAGCCGUUCAUGGACGAGCCAGUCACAAUCCCAGACAAACCGAAUUCGGAGAGCGAGAUUGUGGAUUUCGUCAAUCGACACAGGAGACCAACUUUAAGGAAGUUACGUGCGGAGGACAUGUUUGAGACCUGGGAGGAUGACAUGGAUGGGAUCCACAUUGUGGCAUUUGCCGAGGAAGAGGACCCAGAUGGGUAUGAGUUCUUGGAGAUUUUGAAAGAGGUUGCCAGAGACAACACCAAGAACCCAGAUCUGAGUAUCGUGUGGAUUGACCCUGAUGACUUCCCCUUGCUGACCGCCUACUGGGAAAAGACCUUUAAAGUGGACUUGUUCAGACCUCAGAUCGGUGUGGUCAACGUGACAGAUGCGGACAGCGUGUGGCUGACGAUAACUAAUGACGAGGCUCUGCCCACCGCUGAGGAGCUGGAGGACUGGAUUGAAGAUGUCCUCUCAGGGAAGGUCAACACAGAAGACGAUGACCUUGAUGAAGAUGAUUUGGAUGAUGAUGAUGAUGAUGAUGAACGUGAUGGUGAUGAUGGUGAUGAUGGCAGUGAUGACGACGAUGAUGGCAGCGAUGAUGAUGAUGAUGACGAUGACGAAUGAUUGGCAGACAUGCCACUAAUGAGAUAUGUGACUUUUGCAGUGUUUAUAGAAUCUAAUUAGAUGAAAAUCACUCGAUGAUGGCAAUAAUAAUAAUAAUAAUAAUAAUACAGUUCCACUGGUGCUGAUAGGAAAUGAUUUAUAAAAUGAAAAAUCAGUGCAUGUGUAGACUGGGUUAUAGGAUUAAUAAGUUCAUAAACGUGUUAUGUAGAGUACAGUAUGUUGUAUGUUUCAGUAGAACUACGCAUAUUUCUGUAUGAAAUUAUUCAUUUAGACUCUGAUCAAGGAGAUGCAUCAGACCCAAAAUGCUUCAUGUAAUCAGGUAUUAAACUCAACCAUGUGGUGUAGAUUCAUUUUUUAAAUCUGUUUUUUUUGGAUCCGGUGUCACAUGGAGGUGGUGAUUCACACUGUGGUCUCGCACAUCCAGGGUCUGGGGUUCGAUUCCCACUUUAGGUCUGUGUAAGUUUGGAUGUUCUCCUCUUGGUGGGUUUUCUCCGGGUACUCUGGUUUCCUCCCACAGUCCAAAAUACGCAGAUUAGGUUAAUUGGGGUUUCCAAACUGCUCCUAGUGUGUGUGCCCUGCAAUGCAUUGCCACCCUGUCUAGGCUGUACCCCACCUCGUGCCCUAAGUCUCUCGGGAUGUAGAUGGGAUAAAGCGGUAUAGAAGGUGAAUAAAUUUUUUGGAUCCUGAUGAAGACCUUUCAUUGCUAUAAUUAAUAAUGCAGAUAAAUAAUGCCGUGCCUACACAUAAACCUAAACCUAAACUUAAUCUCAGCCACCUAAAGUUUUUAUUUAGAAAAUCUUUUUUUUUUUUUUAAGUGACAGG